AUGGUUUCGACUCAGUACGCUGACGGACGUCAAGAGAAACGCGUCGAGAAUUAUACCAAGUUCUGGCAAAAGGAUCUUGGUCAAGAGGGUGAUGUGGAUAAUCAAAACCGUGUUGAGAGCUACACCGACGUUGUAAACGGUAUACAGGCUACUACGACUGGUGCGACAGAGCUGUAUGAGUACGGCUGGGCACAGUCCUUCCACUUCUCGCGAUUCUACAAAGGAGAGGCUUUCGCAGCAUCCUUGGCCCGCCAUGAGCACUACCUCGCAGCCCAAAUGUCGCUUCGCCCUGGAAUGCGUGUACUUGAUGUUGGGUGUGGCGUCGGUGGUCCCGCACGCGAGAUAGCUCGUUUUGCCGACGUCAACAUCGUUGGCUUGAACAACAACGACUUCCAGAUUCAGCGUGCUCGGAAGUACACCAAGAAGGCUGGUCUUGAGGACCAAGUAAGCUUUGCAAAGGGUGAUUUCAUGAAGCUGUCGGAACAGUUUGGCGAGAACUCGUUCGAUGCUGUUUAUGCCAUUGAAGCCACUGUCCAUGCACCUACGUGGGAGGGAGUGUACGGUGAAAUAAUGAAGGUUCUGAAGCCUGGAGGAGUGUUCGGCGUCUACGAGUGGUGCAUGACUGACACGUGGGAUCCCUCAAUCCCUGCACACAAGGAACUUGCACAUGCAAUCGAGUUUGGCAAUGGUAUCCCAGAGAUGCGUCACUUGAACAAAGCCCGCGCAGCCAUGACCAACGUCGGCUUCACCAUCGAGCAUGAAGAGGAUCUCGCCGAACGCCCUGACGAAGUUCCGUGGUAUUACCCGCUUGAAGGCGAUAUCUUGAAGGCCCAGACUGCCUGGGAUUACUUCACCGUUUGGCGGAUGAGCUGGAGCGGCAAGCUCGUUUCACACACCGCAAUCAAACUCAUGGAGAUGGUUGGUCUUCUGCCCAAGGGCACUCAUGAUGUCGGCGAAUCCCUUAAGGUCGCUGCUGAUGCGCUCGUGAAGGGUGGUCAGACAAAACUCUUCACGCCCAUGUACCUCGCUAUCUGCCGCAAGCCUGCGCUUUCCGAAAGCUGA